GCCCCCUUGCUCCAGGACGGAGGACGGAACCUUGCUCGGCGGGCCGCGCGGGCUGAGGGGAAGGUGUUGCGGGCCGGAAUCUCCGCCGCUCCAGCCGUCGCCAUGCAGCUCCGCUUCUUCGUCCCCAACGAGGCGCUCUCGCUGCCACCGCCACCGCUACUCACCUUCCCCUCCAUCUGGAUGGCGGGCAUCUUCUGGAUCAGCGCCUUGGUGCACAACGGCGUCAACCGCAGGCCCGCCCUGCGCUCCGGCGUCCACCGUCAACUCCUGAUGGCCACUCUGGGGUUUUGUUUGGGCUACUACAUCAAGAGAUACUCCAAUUACUACCACGCUGAGAGGGACAGGCAGCUUUUCAGUUACAUCAAGCACCAUCCUGAGGACUUUGUGGAAAAAGAGCCUAGAAAAAUGAGAGACGUUCUGGAAGACUUCGUCCCAACUCAAUGAAGGCUGCCUGCAGAUCCCGUCUUCUCCAGCCUGUUUUCUCUCGGCGUGUGGAAGCCCUCAAGGCCCAAUCGCUUGCUGAUAAACGUGUAUUAUAUCAUUUCUAAUUAAAGCUCUAUGAAGAUCCA